UCUGAUCAGUGCCCCAGGCUGCUGUACCUGAUUUGCCUGCAGGGGGCGAGAGAGUGCCACUGUGGCAGUGCGCGUGCGUUGGCGCGAGCGCGUACGACGUGCUCUGUUUUUAUUUCAGGCCAGUGGCGCGAGAGUGUGACUGUUGUCGUCAUCAUCAUCAAUAAUAAUAAUAAUAACAUAUUGGAAGUGUUUUUUGAUCUGAUGGAGGACCGGGACUCGGCGCGUGGCCGCGAGUCGGAGGCGGGAGUGCGCAACACGUUCUGCUCUAACGGCGGCAGCGGCGGCGAGGAGGAGGAGCACGAGGCCGCAAGUGAAUCCGGGGGCUCGAGUGCGCCGCGGCCCGGCGACGGAGCCACCCUCGGCGGCGGCAGAGAGCAGGAGGUGUCGGUGGAGAUUGGCGAGACGUAUUUGUGUCAGCGCGCUGACAAAACCUGGCACUCUGCUGAGGUUAUCCAGUCCAGGCUAAAUGAGCAGGAAGGCAGAGAGGAGUUCUAUGUGCACUAUGUUGGGUUUAACAGACGGCUGGAUGAGUGGGUCGGAAAGGGACGUCUGGCGUUGACCAAAACCGUGAAGGAUGCAGUGAGGAAAAGUGUGGAAGAAGGUGGGGGAGGAGAGCUCGGGGACCAGCCGGAGAGGAAGAUCACCCGGAACCAGAAACGCAAACACGACGAGAUCAACCAUGUUCAGAAGACGUACGCAGAGAUGGACCCAACUACAGCAGCCCUGGAGAAAGAGCAUGAAGCGAUCACCAAAGUGAAAUAUGUGGACAAGAUCCAGAUUGGAAAUUUCGAGAUCGAUGCCUGGUACUUCUCUCCCUUUCCUGACGACUAUGGAAAACAGCCCAAGCUUUGGAUUUGUGAAUACUGCCUGAAGUACAUGAAAUACGAGAAGACCUUCAGAUACCACCUGACACAGUGUCAAUGGCGGCAGCCCCCCGGAAAGGAGAUUUAUCGCAGAGGCAAUAUUUCAGUGUACGAGGUGGAUGGACGAGAUCAUAAGCUCUACUGUCAGAACUUGUGUCUACUGGCCAAGCUCUUCCUGGAUCACAAAACACUUUACUUUGACGUGGAACCAUUUAUCUUUUAUAUCCUCACAGAGGUCAACAGACAGGGGGCACACAUUGUGGGUUACUUCUCCAAGGAGAAGGAGUCUCCCGAUGGGAAUAAUGUUGCGUGCAUCCUCACACUUCCUCCGUACCAGCGCAGAGGAUAUGGAAAAUUCCUCAUUGCGUUCAGUUAUGAGUUGUCAAAGUUGGAGAAUACAGUGGGCUCUCCAGAGAAGCCUCUGUCAGACUUGGGGAAGCUGAGCUAUAGAAGCUACUGGUCGUGGGUACUGCUGGAGAUUCUGCGAGACUUCAGAGGAACACUGUCCAUCAAAGAUCUCAGUCAAAUGACGAGCAUCACGCAGAGCGACAUAAUCAGCACGCUGCAGUCUCUGAACAUGGUCAAGUACUGGAAGGGCCAGCAUGUGAUCUGCGUCACCCCCAAACUCGUGGAGGAACAUCUGAAAAGUGCACAGUACAAAAAGCCACCCAUCACAGUGGACACAUUGUGUCUCAAAUGGGCUCCACCUAAACACAAGCAAGCCAAGUUCUCCAAGAAAUGAGGGCCGUCAGAAUGGAGGAGAUGUUCAGACUGGAUAAGGGCGAAACGUCCGAGACUGAUUAGUAAACAGCACCUCGUGUUCUGUUUAAAGUGUUGAAGAGGAAAGAUGUAAGACUGUACAGUGUUUUCUUUUUUAAAUAAAUGAGAAUAGUGAUAUUCACUUUUCUUUUCAUACCUUA